AUGGCAGACCCAGCUCCCGCAAGCCCAGACAUCAACCGUGGUCCUCAGAUCCUCGCCAUAUGCGGGACGCUCGUCGGCGUGGCCGCGACCACGGUGCUGCUGCGCAUCUGGGUGCGCGUGACAAUCACGCGCCAGCUGGGCUGGGACGACGGCUUCAUCCUCGCCGCAGUGGCUGUCAUGCUGGCCGAGAUGGUGGUUAUUGUACCCGAGGUACACUACGGCGCCGGCCGCCACGUCCAGUAUAUCCACCCAUCUUCGAACAUCGUUAAGGGCCUGCACCUCAACUUCGUCACGCAGCCGCUGUGCUUGAUCAGCCUGUGCUUCACAAAAGUCAGCGUCGGGCUGUUCCUCCUGCGGCUGAAGCCAUCGUGGAGGUUUGUCUUAUUCAUCCGCGGUGUGAUUGUGUUCACUGUCUUGUCGGCCGCCGGAAAUCUGUUGACCGUUUUCUUCCAAUGCACACCACUGUACUUCGUUUGGGACCACUCGGUACCGGGUGGAAAGUGCAUUGCAGCAAAGGACCUCAAAUUCGCCGCUUUCUUCAAUUCCAGCGUGUCUCUUCUGACCGACCUUGUCUUUGCCCUGCUUCCAAUACCCAUAUUGUGGUCGAUACAGCUUAACUGGAAAGUAAAAGUUGCUGUCAGUGCGGUCCUUGCUCUGGGUAUUUUCGCAUCAGCAGCAGCAGUCGUCAAGAUGACCUGCCUCUCUAGCUACGGCUCCCAUGGGGACUUCCUUUGGGACAGUACAGAUAUAACGAUAUGGACCACAGUCGAGAUCUGCACAGCUAUAAUAGCAGCUUCGAUUCCGAGCCUCAAGCCCCUAUUCAAAGCCAUUCUCGGGGGCUCAUCGGCACUCAGCCGUAGGACGAGCCGGUACAUUCGAAAUAGUGAUAGUUUCCCAAACGCAUCGAAGCGCAGAGAAACCGCCCUUGAGAUGUACAAUAGUCGACUCAAGAGCACGGGAGUGUCGAGCAGCGGGCGUCGUCGGUUCGACAACGAGUCCGAAGAAAUGAUUCUCUCAGCACAGGAUGGCAUCCAGAAGAAGACGCAUGUCUCUGUCUCGAUUGAAGACCCCUGA